GUCCAGUUUUACUGUCGUGACCAGCGCUGCGCGUCAACCCGGAGGUCCUUCCUCUCUCCGGGGGAACUGCUGAUGGAGCCCAGCCGGGGGGGAAAGACCCGUCCGGGCUGGGAGAGGGUCACUCACUCGCUGCUACUCCGUGAAGGGGACAACCACCGGGAGCAGGAGCAUCCUCCGCUGACUGAUGGCACGUUUGGUGAGGGUUUUUUUUGGGGGGGGUGGAGGAGUAGGUGAUGGUGAUGAUGAUGAAGGACCCAAAAAAAAAAAGGAAAGAAAAAUCACCAAAAGGUCCGGUAGGUCCGGGAGUUGCCAACAGCGGCCGUCCUGGUUAGUUUCCACCCCGACGCGCAGUCACCGCUCUGCCGCCUCAAACUGUGUCCGCCUCCCGGUCUCGCACGGAGCAGGUCGCGCGGCGCGGCUGCACUGUGUGUGAUGAGAAAGUGGAGUGAAUCCAAACGGCUGCGCUCGCGCUCCCCUCUCUCUCUCUCUCUCUCUCUCUCUCUCUCUCUCUCUCUCUCGGUCUCUACCAAGCUGUCUCCCCCCUCCCUCCCCUCCUCUAUACACUACACCGGGAGUGGAGGGAGGCGGAGCGACCAUCCACCCCGACAACUCCAACUCUUCGUGGGUUCCCCAUCUUUUCUCCCCCCUUAGAGCAACUUCUCAUAAGUGUCGUUUUAACCACCACAGCUGUAGCUUUUCUCCUUUUUAACCGUGAAAACUGAGACUGUGAGACAUUCAAGUAAAUUCAAUAUAAACUCAGUCUUGGGUGGGAAAUAAAUUUACUGUUUUUUUGUUUUAAACGGUCAAAAUUGUCGUUUUUUUUACACAUAUGCAGCAAAUUGAUGUUUCGAUGCUCCUACCUCUUUUUAUUCUCUCUCUCGCUCUCUUCUUGCUGUAAUGCCGUGUCUACCUCUCUCUACCUCCCCCCUCUCUCUCUCCCAGCUCCGUCCUGCCACAGAGAGGCGGAGAGCGGCCCUCUCUCGCGCUCUGAGCGCCACCUACAGGCGAGAAGCGGCACGUGACGAGCGAGGCUGAGUGAGGCAGAGCGCUCGAUAGCUCAGCCACAGAGAGAGAGAGAGAGCCACAGAGAGAGAGAGAGAGAGAGAGAGAGAGAGAGAGAGAGAGAGAGAGAGAGAGAGAGAGAGAGAGAGAGAGCAGGCGAAACAAGAACAGGUUUGUGCAUCUGUAACAUGGAAUGUGUAGUUGUUGUGUACAGUGAUUGUGUAUGUUUAUUAGUAUUAGUUGUGUAGGGGAGACUGGGGCUUGUUGUUACACUUUUUACACUCUUCUAUAUUUCUUUAAAUCAACCCAUAGUAUAUAAACAAAAUGUGAACCAGAUUAAAGACCAAAGUCUCAGGUUUAUAUUUCAUAUUCAUGUCAUUAUCAUAUCUUGUGUCAGUGCAGUUUUAACCAAUCAACUAGAGAGCGUGAUCAUGUGACAUGUUGUCCCACCAUCAGGUAAGUUGUGUCACUACAUGGGGUAAGAUGUUAGGGUGGAUUUUACAGCGAAUAAAAUAAAGACAAAAUUAUUGUUGUUGAACAUUAAAGUCAGGCACAGAAAAUGUUUAUCAUUGAGUUAAAGAAAAAGUCAUUAAACAAAGGUUAACGUAAAAUAUUAUACAACAUCAGAGCCAGUCCAAGCCUCAAUGGGGCCCUAAGGAGAAUUUGAUUUUGGGGUCCUCUAUUUCUGCCAAUAAUAUUGAUUGUUGAUCAUUCACACACCUACUACAGAAUAAAUUUAAUACGUCUGACAUGUCUUUCCACAUUUAAGGGGGUGGCCUAGGUAAUAACAUAAAUAACACCAUGCAAUGAUACAGAUAAUACCAAUGAAUGACUGAUGAAUGAUGUUUAGGGUGCCACAUAUGGAUUUUAAUCUUGAAAUUUAACACAUUCAGCUCCAAGAGCGGCCUGGGGUUGAUUUUCACAAUAUUCCAAGUGAUAAAAUGUUGGGUUUACUGUAAAAGAAUCACAGGCCUACAUCAGCAGCAGCACUAAAAUGCUUAUACUUUAUUUUAUUUUUACAAUAAUAUAUAUUUGAUCAUAUAGAUGCAUCACUCAUAUGUGAAAAAAUUUUAAAAAAUUGAUUUUUUUUUUUAUGCUCCUGGGGGCCCCCUAUUGGCCGUGGGGCCCUGAGCAGGCGCUUAGUUCACUUAUGCCUCUGUAUAACAUGUUGCCCCAAACUACCGUGUCUGCUAAUUGUAGCUCUAGUUUAAAGUUAUCUUAAAACAGAACAAUGACUGAGGUACAACAGGAUGACUUGAUCUCUCCUGUAACAAGUCCACGUUUCACUGCGAGGAUUUUCAUCUGGAAGAAGUUUAUCUUAAAAUAUAUCAAGUUAAAUUUUUUUACUUUGGGUUUUUUUACUCUCUGUGUACAAUAAGCUUGUGUUGCUUUAAAACACAAAUACAAAUCGAUAAUUACAACCGCCGGAAUCUUCCCCAUGAGUCACAGAUUGGUCUUCCUACAGAUACAAACUGACUCGCUGAAAUUGUUGGGUUCAAAAGGCGAUCGUUGAUCUGAGAUUGACGGGUUUUACAACCAAUCAGAGGUGGAAGCAUUUCGUCUCAUUUGGUCUUCUCCAAAAUGGAGUCUGUUGUGUAAAACAGACGGAUAUUUACUCGACAUAAUGGCUGUUAAUUCAACAGUUCCUAUAUGAGCACAAGGCAGCAUGUGGCAGAGGGAGGCUGUUAUCCAAAGCAGCUUAAUCGACUCGGAUAUUACACACAACACAUAUGGAUUAUGUUUUUGCAUAUGGCUGCCUAAAUUUCAGCGCAGCAGCUUAGUGAAAAUCCUAAUGGAUCAAUCAUAAGGAAUAUUUUAAAAGAAGUUAAUUUAUCCAUUUGCUUUUUCAGAAAUCCCUGCAGGGCUUAAAACUAACUUGUUUCAAUUGAGAAACACAAAGAACUUUAGGGGCACAAUGAAAAUUGAUCAAAUCAGCCGACAUAAGUACUUUUAUUAGAAAUCAAUUUUAGGUCAAUUGGUCACAUGACAUGGAAGCUGUUGAAGGAAAACAGCCUUUUCUGAGAACAUCAACCAGUAAUUUAUUGACGGUCCCUUAUUCAACACCUGACGUUAACAACGAGGAUGCAGAGUGGAUUUAACCGCACUGCUGUUGUUAUUCCAGUUUUUUUUUCCUGGGAUGGUAGGGGAAGGUCCCUCCCUCCUUCGCCUUUGAUUGGCUAGAAGUGCUGGGCUCUGAUUGGUUAUUCCUUACGGCUGUGAAACGUCAUCGUCUGUCUGGUCAGGGUUAGGGUUAGGAGAUUCAGAAUUGCGAUAAUGAUCUGUAAUUUUUUUUUUCUCGAGCUGACAGCCCGCACUCGGCUUGAGCGUGUGAUAACGUUACCAGCUUUUCUAGCCAAUCAGAGGCGAAGAAGGCGGGACCUUCCCCUACCAUCCUACAAAAAAGAAUCUUGCUUCCUGCUUAUGGAGAGACACCAGUAGAUCUGCAGUGAAUGUCCAUCGAAUAUCCAACCUAAAACUAACUUCACCGCUGUAUUUACAUGAAUAAACAUUUGUUUCCUUGGCUGAUUUUGUUUUAUGGGUACAUGUGACCCUAAAUACAUUUUACAAUUCACACACAUCUAUUUUUAGUAGCGAAUGCGAGUGAAACGGUUGCACUGUCAAGCCCUGUCCUGCUGUAAAACUACAUUUCCUUUGUGGACGAGUGAACUUAAUUUUGAUAAUUUAAUAAAUUGAAACCAAAAUAGGUCUCAAACUGUGAGAGGAAAGGUGAAGGUUGGGCUACGACAUCAAAGGAGACCAUGAAUCACAACAGAUAGCUAUUAUUUAAAUGUUUUAAUGUCACUGUUGUUAUUUAUUUUAUUAAUCUUAAUGUUACCAAGUUAGCUUCCCAUUGAAUUCAGAUCUGUUUAGCAAAGUAUGGCAACAACAAGAAGUUUCAAAAUAGAGUUAAAAACUGAAAUUUCAAGUUGGAUAUUUUUCAAAACAGUGCUUUUGUCACUGUAGCACGGACCACAAAAAGGAAAUUAUUGAGAAAUGUUAAUACUCUUGUACAAAACAAUCAAGAUAGCUGGUGUGCUAGAAACUUUAGACGCAUGUGGACAAAGAAACCUCACUGUAGUCAUUAGAGCUGGUGCCCAAAUAGAUAUUUAUCAUGCUAAUUUCUCGUUUUAAAAUUUGCCACUUCAUAGUAAAUCUAUCUCAAAUCACUGUUCGCUCAAGAAGAUAUCCAAUACGCAUGCGCUUUGUCUUCUUCUAUAGUGUUUUAUGUGGUGAGUCGCAUCAAGCUCAUAUCAGAAAUAGAUGUUUUGUUUUGUUUUGGAUCCACUAUUAGCAACAACAAAAUUUGCAGUAACUUCCUGGGGUCCUUAUCUUUUCUUCCAUUUUCUUUUUGAACUUAGACACAUACUUAUAGACAUCACACUUACAUAUAACACUCAUUCUACACUUCACUCAUACAGACGCUCUUAUUCUCUCUUGUUUGUUGAGAAAUAAGCUAAUAUAUAAAUACAAUGAAGAAAGUGAAAAGACAUAAAAGAAAAUCAGAACUUAUUUUAGGGAUAACAAGAAAACGUAAUCCUUUAGAGAGAAGAGCUGAACUCAGUUUCAUUCAUGGUACUCCGUAUCUAAACAAAUACACCUUUAAUUGUUUGUUAAAGAAACUUCUGAUCUUAAAAUCAAUUGAAACAUUCCCAUACAACCUGGAUUCAAGGUGCAGAUAAUAAAAGUUUUCUUCCCCAAAACAGUUGAGACUUUAGGGACAACAAAUGGCUCAAUUUCAGACACAUAAGUUGUAAAUUUCAUGUUUCCAGAUAAAAAGGUAGUUCAGAAGUUUCAAGGUACAUCUCCCAGUGCACUAUGAAACACUGAAGAGGUUACAUGUGUACAUAAAACCAUUUCCGCCUCCUCUUUAAUUUGUAGGACAGAGUCGUAAUCGUAAUAAUGGGGUGAAACUGUCCACCUCUGAUCCUUCCUUACAGGUGAUAACAAAAGGUGGAAUUAAUGGGAGAAGGUGGCGAUGUGUUUCAUCAAAGCAAACAACGUGAAAUGGCGUUGUUUGCACGUUCAUGUCAGAGUGUGUGUAUAUUUAGAGCUCCUACUGUGUGUUGUCAAGCCAUGCCUCUCGCGCUCCUGCGAGGACUUAAUGCUAUGUGUGAUGACACGCUGCGACAUUACAUUACGCCAAUUCGGAGUGCGGUGUGUGACUACAAAGGUGUAAUAAUGGUGCAGAUCUAUUUCAGCACCGCUGCGAAUUUCUAAAGUGUUAGAGAGGCGUUCAAACGCACCAUCAUCGAUGAGAGAUUUACAAGGUAAACUCUGUUCUAUACACAAAAGGUAAAUCAGGGUUUGUUUCUAUUGUUAAACCAGAAUAAAACCUUCAGCUCUUCAGCAUCAAACUGAAUGUGCUUCUUAAAAAAACAAGCUGUCAUCAGUCUUCGGCAAUUUUUCCCCAGACGAGGCUCUUUUGACUGUUCUUGAAGUUGUGAAGAACAUAAGAUAGAUGCCAACAAAACCGUCUUUGUCGACUGUUUUCACAUAUCUGAAAUAUCACUGUUAAAACACAGCAGGGUGACUUUUUCAGGAACCAGAACAGCAGCCUGAUACGCACAAAAGAGUUGGAUUGUUUCUGCUUUUCAUGGACUACAGGUUCAUGUAAAGCAGAAACACAGAAACACUGUUUACAUUGGAUAAUUUUGUUUUAAUUGGUUUUUGAACAUAUUUAUAGUGACUCUCCUUUUCCUCAGAAACCGCCCCAAUAACAAGUUCUCUCUGAGUCAGUUACCUCCAAACCUAAUGGUGGUUUUGUCAAUUUUUCUUGCACAAAUAUAAAACACUUACUGGGAUUUCCAGCGGUCUUUCUUCUUCCAUCAGGAGGGUCAGCAUGUCUUUCUUUCUCCUUACUUCCUCGGUGGAAGACGUUUUCCUGAGGGAGGAUAAAAUACCUUUUGAUUAGAUGCUUAAAUUUUUCUGUUACACUUGAAACACUGAUGGCAAAACUUUCUACUCAUCUGUUGGUCCAUGUUGGGUAAAAAAUGUUCCCCAGAGUUUACAACAACUGUCACUUAAAGCUCCUGUGAGGAAUUUUACAUUUUUGUCAACUUUGGCACCCCCUUGUGGCCAAAGCGGUAUCUGCUUAUCUUGUGUUCUGCGUGUUUAAGUUUAAUCUUCAAGAAGAAUCUCAUCCUGGUGAUUUUUUCCCUGGCAAACGUUUCAUAAAUCAUAAGUAUUUUAUGCAGAAAUGGUCAAAAAACUGGUUGUUUAUUCAGCUGGGUUGACUCCAGGUCUAAAGAAGCACAGUAGUAAAAAUGGUCACUGUUGGUUUUGUUGUCAUAAAAAGGCAUUAAAACGAAUUUUGGUCAAUCAUAAAACAUAAAUAUAGUAAAUAAAAAAAUUAAACCUUUUCUCAUUGGCGUCCAACUUUGCUGUUUUCUUAGUAAUUUAUCCGCGAGGAAAGAAACGUUGGCCGUUUCUGGGCGGAGGAUUAAUUCUAAUUUUCACCAGACAUUUCUCUGCAAUAUUUACCGUAGCUUUCUUACUGCCAUGCUAAUCAAGGUCUCUGCAAAUAGCAGUUUGUACUUCUUGCUAAUUACAGAGACAUCAAGAUCACAGGGAUGGGAGGGAUGAUGAGCAAAGCUGUGGCACAUGUGUCUGGAUUCACACACCCUUUUAUCCACCACCACCGCCGCCGCCACAUUCCUGAUAAAAAUAUGUCACACUGCAGCAGAUGGAGCGGCGGCGCGCUCGGCUGCUUUGGAUAGAAAUAAAUAAAAUAGAUUGAAAUACGAUGACGGACAAAGGUGGUUUUAUUCCCGCUCUAGUGUCCCCCUUGAGAGUGGCGUCGGUGCUUCAUGCAUUCAGUAAAAGGCCUUUGAAAGUCACAAGUAUGUUGAACAUGCCACUAUUAAGAAAACUAUUAUACAUGUUUAUUUACCGGUAUCUGGAUGUAUAGGGCCGUAUUCAUUUAGCUGUCCUUAACAUAAAACAACUUUCUUUAUUCUGAGCUUAAAUUGUUCAGACCCGCUGCAGUUUCUGCAGAAUCAAUGAGCAAAUGACAGACGAGAGUAAAUGAACAGGCUGUUCCCACAUGAAUAUAAAUAUCACAUUAAAUGGACACUAUCUGUGCUAUUGACAAAACACUAAAAACUACAAUUAGAUUAUAUUUUGAAUAAAUUACCCAGCAUUCUUGUUAGCAGUGUUGUUGUGUAAUAAAAAACCUCGCCCCUUUGGCUCCGACAAGAGUUCAGAUAAAGCAGCCAACAGUGUUGUCGAUACCGUUUAGUCUCUGUCUGUUUUCUCCAUUUGUUUUUCCUCACGUCUUCCUGAAGACAUGCCGCGGCAGGUUCAUCUCCAGAGGAGUUUAAACCUCUGCGGUCGACUUUGUUUCCCAGCAUCUCUCUGAGUAAUUAACCCUGUGGACUGUGUGGACCCUGACUGAUCAGCUGUAAUAUCCUUAUCAAUAUUCCCGGGCUGUCCUCUGCGGCUCGGCUCUGCUGCACUCACAUUCAUAAUCGUGUUUGUGAAGUUGGAUCACAGAGUUAAAAGUUCCCUUUGGUCUGAGUUACAAAGUGACUGCAGAGGUUACUCUGGAAAUUAGGAGGUUGGUUUUAAAUCCAGAUUUAGACGUUUGGACUCAAAUGUUCGUCUUUCUGCGUCUUCACAUUAACCUUGUUAGUGCUUUUUGUAUUGCUUUGAAAUUUGGUGUUUAAGAUGCAGUGUCCUAUUCAGCGGUGUAAUAGUUUAACAAAAGCAGAAAGAAGAUUUCCAUCAUUUUAGAGUAUUUGUAUCCAGAAUAUAAAGCUUUAAUCUCUCUAAGUUUCUGUUAUAGACAUACAGACAUCAGUACUUAAACGCCUAAAGUGGCUGAAACAGAACGUACUAGAAUGAGGGUCUGUGUACUUAGCAGCCAAAGGAUUUUCGUUUUCACAAACUAUUUUCCAUUUUUCGUUUUGAUCAUAAAAAUCAGAGAAUGAAAAAAGAAAAACACUCAAUAUUUGAUUUUCUGUGAUGUGGCUGUAUCCCUUUAUUGCCUUUUGUAUCAUAUUUGAUAUAUACUUUUAUAAUUCUUCUAUCAAAUUAAUAUGAUCAACUAAUUACUAAAAAACACCCUAAAACAGUCCGAUAAAUGAUAAAAAUGUCCUCUUGUGGUUUAUCAGUUUCCAAAAACAUUAAAUGUAUCAAACAAGAUAAAUAAUUAUAUUUGUUAAAUCUUAAGGACAUUGAUUUUUUUGGUUUUCAGUCAUAAGUGAAAUAAUAAACAUUUCAGCUAAAAAAAAAAAGUGAAUUUUCUGGCCAUAAUUUGUGGUUUCAGGGAUUAUCAAAUAUCUAAUAAACAUCGCAUUAAAUAUUUACUUUUUUUACCAGCUGUUCGUGACCCAUCCAGAACGAGUGCGCGACCCACUUCUGGGUCAGGACCCCCCACUUGAGAACCACUGAUCUAGGCUACAUUUAGACGUCUAUUCGACCUCUUUUAGACCAAAAAACGCUCAGUGUGAAGAAAUAAACCUACAUUAGAAAAUUACCCAUAAAAGUCGUCUCUUGUCCUCCUUUUGACGUGGUGAUAGAUUCGGUAUUCAGGGACAUUAUGUGGUUAUUGGAGCUGGCAGGGCGGAACAGCACUGUGUGUGUGUUUGCAUGUCUAAGUGUGUGUGUAUGUAGCACACCCACUGUGUGUUUUUAGGCGUGAUGAGGAACAGGAACCAAACUUCAGUGUGACUGCAUAUUGUGUUUUGUAAAAGGUUAUUUUUUUCAAAUAUGCACAUAAAAAUUUUAAUCUUUUAAGAUCUGUAGUACAGCAGAUUUAGCCUCCUAUAACCUCACAUAGACUAGCUGUAAAAGCGCCUCCUUAACUUUAAAUGCCGAACUUUUGCACUCAUUCGAUCUCACUAAAGAGAGAGGUAAUUUAACUUCUGAUAAAAUAAAAGAGCGACAGUUUUGCCAAACAGGAAUCGUGGAAAACAGAGUGGAGUUUGUCAGUCCUCCUCUUUACUUUUGCACAUUUUUAAGGCAAUUAAAAAGAAAAAUCAAACCUUUCCUAUUAUUUUAAUCGUCCCUUUUUUGUUUGCUGUCAUUUGUAAUUUUCAGCAAAGAAAAGCUGCCAUACCUGCUGACAGCUGGACUGAAAGCAAAAUACGAACAGGAAACUCUCUCACUCACUCACACACUCACACAGCCAGGCUGUUUACGAAUGGAGCUAAUUAUCGUGACAAAAACUACAGGAAUCAUUUUAAUCCUCCUCAGAUAAUCAUCAAACAAAAGGAAACGGUUAAAAUUGGUUCUGCUCCGGUGAUUGAGAGAGAAAAAAGAAAAGAAAAGACUGUACAAGAGAGAAGUUGACUGCAAGUCCCAGAGAGCAUUUCACUUAAAAAAAACAUUCAAUCAGAGUUUGAACAGAGUUAAACUGUAUUAAUCAUCCAAGUGGUCCAAAGUUGAGGUGUCAGGGGGGCAGGGACAAAUGGAAAGAAGCUGAUAACAAUAUUAAUUAUUGAACUGAAUUAUUGAAUUAUUAAUGCGAGGGGAAUGAAUGAGGUAAUUCAAUGGCACAAUAUAUGGAAGUAAGGUAAAAUAAGGGCUUCAAAUGAGGAAUCUGACUCACAAAUGACUCAUUUGAAAGGAAGGUUAUUAAAAACUUCCCUCCAGACACGUCGGGAAGGAAAGGACCCAUGUGACCUGAGACACUUUUUAAUUCUCCACCGAAAGGACUGAAAUAGACGGACACUGAACAUUUCAGAGCGUACAAUAAAGCCGAUGUGAGCGUUACACGUUUCAGCGACACCAUGUUCUGUUCAACGUAAUGUACGAAGGAAAUUAACGUCUUUUAUGUUGUAGUUUAAUUUUUUUUCUUUCCCCUGUGGGAUGGACACUGGACAUAUAAUUUGAUUCAGAUUAAUUUAUUCCAGUAGAAAUAUCCCCCACAAACCUCAACAGUAACGAACUCAAGCCCAACGAAAAGAAAGACUUGAAAAUCUACCAGAUUAAUUUAGUAAAGCAGGUGAUUUAAAGGUGGGGUAGGCAGGAUUCUGUUAAAGAAGCAUCUUUUUUUGUCAAUCAUCAAUCAAUAGUUAUUAGUUAUUGAUGACAUUUGGUAAUAUAUCGAUAUCUCUGUGUUCUCUUAUGUCUGUGUCGUCAACAUUUUAAAAUUUCAGAGUGCUCCGCUCUUUCUGACUGUAAACAAAGCCGUUCUCCGCCUCCUCUAACCUGAUUGGUUGUGAGGCAGACGCUGCUCCCCCGUGUCGUUCAGGAGCCCAAACAAAGUUAGCGUGCUACAAUAUCGGACAGUAGAAACCAACCAGAAAGUUCGGAAAAUUGUCUGGACUAUGUCACUUUAUCCUCGUUGUAGAAGUCCUGCAAACAUUGUGUUUGCUGGUAGUCUGUUGGCAUCUACAGUAGCACCAAUGCUUUUGACUUUCACCUUGACUGGGCCCCAUUUGUAAUGAUCUGAAGUAUUUAUCUGCAUUAUAUCUGAAUUUAAUUGGAACGAUACGAGCGAGCAGGAGCGUCUGUUUGUGGGCGGGGCUUGCUGGAGCAGAGAGGGAGGGGAGAGAGAGAGAGAGAGAGAGAGAGAGAGUGUUUCUCUGUGUUGUCUCUUUAACUCUGUGGCUCUAAAACAGUUGAAGUGUGUUUCUGCUCGAUGAGGUUUCUAUGAGGUGAAUAAAUGUUGGUUCAGUUGAUCUUCAGGACGGCUGCAGCUUUAAGAACUUCUGCUUGUUUUAGUUUGAGAGUCUAAAGUUCACAGAGACACUCCUCUUCCUGGAUUGUAGAAAAACUGGAUCCCCCCCCCCCCCCACUCUGCACACUCACUUCCUUGUUUCCUCACUUCCUUGUUCCCUCCCCUUCAGAUCUACAGUCUAAAGGUUGGGUGUAACCUCCGUGUGCUGACUUGAUCCUGCUGACUCACACAUGUUGUUGUGAGGUCAGAGCUCAGACUAGUUUCACUUCUCAGGAAAUUAAACUCAGUCAGUCGUCGUCGACAGCGAGUGUUGAAAUGGCGCAGAAAGGAGUUCAUCUGGACCGUGAGUCUUUCUCUUGUUCCAUCUGUUUGGAUCUUCUGAAGGAUCCGGUGACUCUCACCUGUGGACACAGCUUCUGCAUGAGCUGUAUUCAAUCCUACUGGGAUACUGAGGUUGAGAAGAAGAUCUACAGCUGUCCUCAGUGCAGAGAGACCUUCACACCGAGGCCUGUCCUGAAGAAAAACACCAUGUUAGCAGGUUUAGUGGAGGAACUGAAGAAGAGCGGACUCCAAGCUGCUCCUGAUGGUUCCUCUGAGGCUGGACCUGAAGAUGUGGCCUGUAAUUUCUGCAGUGGGAGAAAACUGAUAGCUGUCAUGUGCUGUCUGGUCUGUUUGGCUUCUUACUGCCUGGUUCACCUCCAGCCUCAUUUUGAAUCUCCUCCAUUGAAGAAACACAAGCUGGUGGAGCCCUCCAAGAAGCUCCAGGAGAACAUCUGCUCUCGUCAUGGUGAGGUAAUGAAGAUGUUCUGCCGCACUGAUCAACAGUCUAUCUGUUAUCUCUGCUCUGUGGAACAACACAAAGGUCACGACAUAGUCUCAGCUGCAGCAGAAAGGACUGAGAGGCAGAAAGAUCUGGAGGAGAGUCGAGAAAACAUCCAGCAGAGAAUCCAGGACAGAGAAGAAGAUGUGAAGCUGCUCCAACAGGAGGUGGAGGCUAUCAACGGCUCUGCUGAUAAAGCUGUGGAGCACAGCCAGGAGAUCUUCAGCCAGCUGAUCUGUCUGAUGGAGAAACGCCGCUCUGAGGUGGAGCAGCAGGUCAGAUCCCAGCAGGAACGUGAAGUGAGUCGAGUCAAAGACCUUCAGGAGAAGCUGGAGCAGGAGAUCACUGAGCUGAAGAGGAAAGACGCUGAUCUGCAGAAGCUCUCACUCACAGAGGACCACAACCAGUUUCUGCACAGCUACCCCUCACUGUCAGAACCGGGUCAACCUGCAGACUCAUCCAGGAUCAACAUCCGUCCUCUGAGAUACUUUGAGGAGGUGACAGCAGCUGUGUCAGAGGUCAGAGAGAAACUCCAGGAUCUUCUGACAGAGACGUGGACAAACGUCUCACAGGCAGUGACUGAAGUGGAUGUUUUACUGUCAGAACCACCAGAACCAGCAGAACCCAAGACCAGAGCUGAUUUCUUAAAAUAUUCACAAAGAAUCACACUGGAUCCAAACACAGUAAACAGAGAUCUGUUAUUAUCUGAUGGAAACAGAAGAGCAACAAGGACAGACCAACUUCAGUCUUAUCCUGAUCAUCCAGACAGAUUCACUGAUUGGGUUCAGGUCCUGAGUAGAGAGAGUCUGACUGGACGUUGUUACUGGGAGGUGGAGCGGAGAGGAUAUGGGGUUGGUGUAGCAGUCGCAUACAAGACUAUCAGGAGAGCAGGGAGAUCAGAGGAUUGUAGAUUUGGAUACAAUGACAAAUCUUGGAGGUUAAACUGUUAUAAAGACGGUUAUCAAUUUGUGCACAACAGUGUCAUCACUGAUGUCUCCGGUCCUCAGUCCUCCAGAGUAGGAGUGUACCUGGAUCACAGAGCAGGUAUUCUGUCCUUCUACAGCAUCUCUGAAACCAUGACUCUCCUCCACAGAGUCCAGACCACAUUCACUGAACCUCUACAUGCUGGACUGGUACCCUGGUCUGAUGGAGCCUCUGCUGAGUUUAUAGAAGUGAAAUAAAGAGAAUUUUGAGUCCAUCAGACCAAAAUCAUGGACUGAGAUCCUUGAACUCUUGAAAUGUUCUGGUUUGUAAAUGUUUGUGGAUCAGUCUCACCAAAAACUCUGGGUUUAGUUCUUCAUUUCAGCUUUUUGAUUCUUUUCUAAAGAUGCUGAUUUGGUCGCAGCUUUAAGGACAGUGAUUGUGGAGAACUUUGAUUGUUUGUAUUUCUCAUGUUGAAAAAUCUUCAUCAAGUUUGAUAUCAACAACAUCAAGAUGAUGGUUUGUUCAAAUCACCUUCAGUUGGUGCAGAUGUUGAAGGUCUGAGACUUUAGACUGAGACUUCCUAAUGAUUUUAAAAGCAACCUGAAAACAUACCUUUUCUUCUUGCUUUUAACUAAAUUUUUUAUAUCAUUGACUUCGUUAAGUGUUUUAGCAUUUAUCUCUUCUAGUUUUAAUCACAGGAUUGUCUUUUAUUGAGCUACUUUGGUGCUCUUAUUUUAGUAUCUUUUACUGUUGUUUUUAUUUCAUUUCAUUUAUUAUUUCUUAAAUUUCAUUCUACGUUACUUUGUCUUUAGAUUUUAACAUAAACCUCCAGUGUUUCCUUAUCUUGAGUUUUAAAAUGAUGUUUCCUCUGUUUCCAAGUCCUUUUUAAGUUCAUGCACUUUACUGUUUCUGAUGCAUUAAGAUCGUGGGACGGGAAUGAGGGGUUGGGCUGAGGUUGAUUUGUGUAUUUUUUUAAUCUUUAAUCUUUUAUUCGUUUUUCUGUGUAAAGCACUUCGUGCUAUAUGUUGUGUAUGAAAAGCGCUAUAUAAAAUAAGACAUUGAUUGAUUGAUUGAUUGAUUGAUUGAUUGAUUGAUUGAUUGAUUGAUUUAGAAAAAAGUGACGUCAAAAUAACAGAAAGAUGAAAAAGGACGACCUUAUUUCCUGUCCCAAAUCCAAGCGUCUAAAGUCUUUCCAGUCGUCCCCAAAAACUCUUCAGAUGAUCUGUUUCUUUCUCUGUUUGCUGAAUAUUUGUGUUCAUGUGAUCGAUGGAUAUUUCUGUCUGCUUCUGUUGGAUCAGUGUGUUUGUAAAGACAUCUAGAAUCAGACUUUGGACAGAUCUACAUGUUGUUAUGAGCUUUUCAAUCACUCUAAUAAUAAUAAUAAUCACAUUUAUUAGUCCGACUGUUUGGAUGUUUCUGACUCAGCUCAGAUUGUGGUCAAGUCUCUGAUUGUGGGUAAAAAAAUCAUAAAAAUCCUUAAACUGAGUCACUGAAAUCACCUCGUCUGUUUGUCUUUAUUGUGUCUGUUUCUGCUGGAUGUCAUGUUACCGGUCCGUCUGGGUCAUGGAUCCAUGUGGUCUUACAUGUCCCAGAUGUGAGUCCUGCAGCUGGAUCAGGUUUUCUGUAGAGGACAAAGACAGGAGGCAGGUUGUGUGUCUUUUUGAUUUGAUGUAACCAGACUAGUCCUGUUGAGAUCAUCAAUCUCUUUUUCAGGGGGGGUCCUGACCAAGAAUGGCAGCAAAAAACAAACACACUCAGACUCACACAGAUCCACAUCAGCAACAAGAACUCAGUGUUCAUAUGAGAGAGUCCAGCUGAUCUCUAGUCUAAGGAAAGAAGUCUGGUCCACAAGAAGAAAACCGACUUAAAGGUGAAGUAGACAGGAAUCUGUUAAAGAAGCAUCUUUUUAUUUUGUGGUUUUUAUACAAAAAUCUUCUAAUAUCAGUCAAUAGUUAUUAGUUAUUGAUGACAUUUGGUAAUAUAACAAUAUCUCUGUGUUCUCUUAUGUCUGUGUCGUCAACAUUUUAAUGUUUUUUGAGCGGUCCGCUCUUUCUGACUGUAAACAAAGCCGUUCUCCACCUCCUCUAACCUGAUUGGUUGUGAGGCUCCUAAAAACUAGAACUUCCGCAGAUCCUGAUGACAACACCUUUUAGGCUAACCUGGUUCAGGGCUCAAGUUUACUUUCGCUUCCGUAACUUAACGUUAGCUUGGACACUAACCUGGACGAACGAGGGCUACUUAAAGCCGACACCUAAAGCUGAUAUGGUCGAUACUUUUCCAACAUUACCAGCGACAAAUUACUCAAUCAGCUCACGAAACAAUAGAAAUAAAAGCCAAGAGAGUUAGAGCUCCCCCUGCUGACUGGCUGCUGUAUCGGUCAUAAACAUUUCCAUAAUGUUAACAGAGGAGAGAAAGCCAAAUUAUAAAACUGCGAUAGAUAGAAAUGAAAGUGGCGGUGUGUGUUGUGUUUACAGGCAAUUAUCAAUGAAUACUAAUUGGCUGGUUUUCCAAUCGAUUCAACCUUUAUACUUAAUGCAUGACACUUAUAUUUUGUCUUAAAAGUGCAAAUUUUCUCCAUCAACAAAAGCCAUAAGAUAAUAAAAAAAUCCUUUGUGCACAGUCGUACUGUUGUGCAAAAAUACAGUCAACCACUGACUACUGACUACCGACCUAAAAAUGCCUGAGAUCGUCCCUCCUUUGUCCUUUUCUACAUCGAUCUUAUGCCGUGAUUUUAACAGUCUGGAGUCUUUUAAACUCAGGGCUCCUUCGUUUCUGUUUUAAUUUGGGGAGCCUCACCAGAAACAGGCCUUACAAAUAAGUCAUGGCUGAAAAACCUGUAGGCAUGCAUCUACUUUGUAAACAUAAUGAAGCUGUGCUUCAUGCAUUUGUAAAAUAAACAAGAAAAUGAAAAAUUAUACAAGGAAGAGGGUGUCCAUAUGAGCUUCAGGCAACCAGGAAGUGAUUUGUGGUCAUUAUGGGUAAACAGGCUAAAACAGAGACGAGACAAUGGAGUUGUCAAAAUAUGAUUGAAUAUUGAAGCUUUUCCAUUCCUGAACACCCAAAAUACACAGAAACAUGCAGAUAUUUUCACAAAGUACUUGAACAAAGAUAUGAGCCUCAGGGAGCCGAAAAAAGGCAAAAUAUGAACAAAACUCACUUUAGUUCAAACUCAGAGAGUCCAACACUGAAGAACUUCAGGAAGAGAAGCAGCAAAAGACACAAACAGACACAGGUGAGACCAAACAGACACAGGGGAGACCAAUCAGAUAUCAAACAAGAGAGAAAACACAGGAAGUGAAAUGAGACACGAGAUACACACAAGAGGACUUCAAAAUAAAACAGGAAACAUCAGGAACACAGAACAGGACACAACAACAAUAGAAGCUCUGAAACAGCAGGUAAAACUUCUGAAUAAAACAGGUCAUCAGGACAAACACAAGGAAAAUACGUUUGUUGUUUAGUUUAAAAUACUGAUUGAUUAAACUUAGAAAGUUAAACAUCAGUAGGAAGUUUCUGUCUGGCAUUUUUGAAAUGGUUUAUUCGGUCACCUCUCGUCAAGGUCAGACUGACUGACGUUAUAAAAACAGAGAGAAAGUAAAAAAAAAAAAAAAGACUUUAAAUUCUCUGAACCAGAACAGAACAAGACAAAAAGACUCGUUUACAGACAGAAACAAGAAGAAGAGUUAAUUAAGGUCAUUUUAACUUACAGCGACAUGAGGACAGUAUUUAUUAUUAUGAUGGUCAAACUGCAGGCACACCUGCUGCACAGAGACCCCCUGCUGUGAGGACAUGUCUGCAGACAGAGAUGGUCUGAACCGCCCAGUACAGACCAUAAAUCCAUGAUAAAAAAGGUAUUUAACCACAAAGUCAAUGCUGUUAUAUAGAAGAGGUAAAAAGUGUCUCGAUUUUCUGCUUUUUAAUGACAAAAAUAAAAUUAAUAGACAUAAAUUUGGAAUACUGAUAAGAAACUAAUGGAACAUUUUUAAUUAAAAUUAGUAUUAAUGAUGAAAACGAACCACGUUCCACGUACGACAUGAAAAGUUUUUGCGUUUCUGUGUGGAGCUCAAGCGUUGUCCAAGUAUGACCCGGUUUAAGAAGUGGUACAAAAACAUGGUUCUCACCAGGCACAGGGAGGAAGAAGGGCUUUAACUAUCGGGUGUUUUUACAAAUUAUUAAUGUACGUAUUUAUUCUAUUCAUGUUGUAUUUUUUGUUAAUAUAAUUUAAUUUUUCUGGAGAAUGACUGAUAUUAUUGAGUAAAGGAGAAGUGGUAGGUUAAAAAAAAAGCAUAAUACUUCUUUUCGGACAUGUUGGGUUCGUAUUAUUAUUAUUAUUAUUAUUAUUUGUUUAUUUUUUAAAAUAAAAUUGUAUUUUAUUUUUACAUUUUUGCUUUGAUUAUUGUUAUUGUUGUUUUAAAUAUUCUCACUGGUUAUGUUUGUUUGUUUUCAGUUUACUUUCAGUGUUGCACACACAUUCGAAAAAAAAUAAAUAAAUAAAUGAAAUGAAUACUGAAAAUUUGAACUUUCUUUUGACGCAUUUAUUUGUUACUCAGGGAUCUUAAAAAGUUUCCUAAACUUGGUCUUUGGCUUGGCGUAUUCACUAAAUCUGGCUUAAAUGUCAAAAACUUUUCUCCGGUGCCGCAUUUCCGCGUCAAUGUGUAUUGGCCUGGCCUGGAUGGAAUCAAACUCCUGACCUGAAUUAUGGGCCCAGUCUGCCCCUGAAUCAGACUGAUGCUGAACAGUGACGUGUCAGUAUUAACCUGUGUUAAAAACUCUCAUCUUAGACUAGAUCACACAGUAAAACUAGAUUUCCCUGAACACUGGCCUCCUCCCAGGACUCGAGUCCAGCAGCGAGAACCUGGAGGUCAGGGGUCAUCCAGGAAGGGUGCAAAUCGCUCGCUGCAGCAGCUCCUUUCCCCGUAGCAGGAAGCUGUUUUACAUUCAGCGAGCUCGCCUCCUCCUGCUUUGAUGAAUAGACUGUAAUCUGUAAUCUACGGCGGCUACCUGCUGCUAACGAGCCAAAUUAAUUAGACAGCGACGGUAAACAUCUAUUGAUAAGAUCAGAUGAAACUUUAUUGAUCCCUGAGGGGGAAAUCGGCGCGUUGGAGCAACAAACAGUAACAGAAACCACAGAAGAAAUGAGCGGGGAGAAAGAUCACACACAAACGGAGGGAUUGUAUAAAUAAAAAUAUCUGAAAUGAAUAUGAAUGAGAGUUUCUGCGGCUUCAGUUCGACAGGAGCGAAAAAAACAACAAAGCUGUGACAAUUAAGGAAGUGUUUUCAGUAUAAGAGAGUGACAAAUUGUCUGCACAAACACACUCAUGCGCCGUUUACAAAUUAGAUUAACCUCCAGAGGUUACGUGUGUGUGUGUGUGUGUGUGUGUGUGUGUGUGUGAGAGAGGGAGAGAGAGAGAGAGAGGGAGAGAGAGGGAGGAACGUAGAGCAUAAAUAAUGAGUCUCUGCUGGAAGUUGAUAAUGUUGAAAGCUCAUGGGAUACCUGUGACGUCGUCUGCUCUGUUUUGUCAGCUCUGCUGCUCCACUGAAGGAAACGCCAGUUUGUCUGCUGGUCAGCUGGUUCGCCGCCUUCAGAAGACUCGAACACCUCGACAACUGCUCGGCCGGCUGACAUGAAAUCUGGUUCAUAAAUUCGCUUUCAGCAGACAAUGAGGCUGUUAGACUUCGUUUUUUUUUUUGGUUUGCAGCGCCCAUUUCUGUUCAAGGUAAAAUUCCCUUAUUUCAGUUAAAGCCAGGAAGGGGUGUGACCUUUGAAAUGAUGGCAGCCAUCUUGCUCAGGGUGGGAAACUCCUACAAUGUCAUCAUGUACAAUCCAAAAAAAGGGGAACUUGGCCAAUAUGAAGUCUUGAAAGUUUGUAUGUGGACUACCUUUUAUACCUGGCCAUGGCACUGUGGACCACCUCCUAACCCUUACAAGGGGCAGGAGACUCUUUUAGUCUAGAGCUCGCUGGAGGCCUGGGAACGUCUAACCCCCAUUUUCCACCGCAUCCUGAAUGUCUACUAAAAGGCCGUAUCCACUGAUCGUAGCUGAUCGUAACCUUUCAACCACUACGUGUUUCAGGAGGAUCGUAUUUCACACCAUGCAAACGGGCGGAGACGAACAAGUGAAAGGUUUUUAGACGUCAUUUCACCCUGAUGACACCAUGGAUGAGGAGAUGCUGAUUCUAGAAGUCUAGAAGUAGAUUUCCUCCUCUGGAAGGACACAAUCUACUGCUUAUAUGGUUAGCCUCUGUGGCUAGAGAUAACUUGUUAACGCGCGACUGAAUCCGUGGGUUCCUGAGUCAGGAUUCCAGAAGGACUGCAUGGGAAACAUUGUUGGGGAGAUAGAUGUCUGGAUUGACCCAAUCCCAUCCAAGUUAAGCAGAAGAGAAUCAAUACAUGGAUCGGCUACAGAGGCCUGUAAACACGGGAACAGCUGAUUUUCUAGCUUUAGUUUUGGCGGCAAGAUUGUUCAAAGAUUUCAAUAAACUGGGAGUAACACCGACUAAAACACAUCAAGAAGACUUUAAACUAGAAGUGAAGAGUAUAAACAUUAAUAUUAAUACUUUACAAUUUUUAUGUUUACAGUCUGUAUUGAAGCCCCCUGCUGGUCACUGUAGAGAAAGCAGCUUUAAGGCGCUUCUGUAUUGGUUUCAUAUCUCAGACUGAGCGGCUAUGAACUUCUUACACAGCUCGUUAAACUAAAUUAAGCUUGAAAUUGUUGAAAACAUUAUAACAGCUAUAAAAGAACAUGGGUAUUUUUCUUCUUGAUUUAGAGUGGGAACAAAAACUGAAAAAAACCCGAGUCAAGGCUGUUCAAACAGGAAAUAAUAGACAACAUGAGUCUUUGUAUGACUAUUUAAUAUAAUAACAAUAUUUUCUCCCAUUUUUGUAUCUGUUUGGAAACAAUACCCUAUAAAGAUGACUUCAUAUGAGUUCCAAAUUAACCAUCUUUUCUCUUGUAAUUCUCUCAGCUUGUUGCGUGUAUCACUGUUCUCCAAAGGAAUAAUCUGCUGCCUUCAGUAUAAACGCACCAAACAACAUUUGUAGAGAGGAAACAGCUGAAAGGGAUCCUAAUGAGUCACAUUAUAAUGAAGCUGUAAACUAUGAGAUGCAGCAAUCAGCCUUAUUCUUCCCCGUGUAGCUUGAACUGAAUGCGAUGUCCUGAGCCGCGACGGGGUGUUGAUUAAACUUAAUACUGUAGAGUGAGAGCUGAAUGCCAAGGUUUCAUUUCCAAUGGGAAUAAAAGCUCCUACAAUAGAGAAUCAAUGAGAUGAGAAAAAAAAACAGUAAUGAGACCGAACAUCCCUCAUAUACAGAUUAAUAAGUGAGACAAAAGUCCCACAUUUCUAUACCGAUAUGAAGUGGUUUGUUUUUACCACAUGUUUGAGAUGUCAGGAUAGUAAUGCAUGAACGUAGCACCAAAGGUUUACCGGCAGUCUUCAGGACUCGAUGUAAGAAAACUCCGUAAAUGUUAACGUUUCAUUCAGGCCGAACGAGAGCAACAACAACAACAAAAAGUUUGGGUGUGUUUAGGCACCAAAAGUCCUGAGGUCUUUUGGGUCGCCAUCAGGUUGUCGGUUUAAUACAACUAUUAUUAUUCCAGUUUCGAGCCGCAGUGAGGAACUUUAGGUUAGUGUUGAAUUUGGUAUCACCUGUGGACAAAAUGAGACCUCCUAUCUCUCGUACUGUCAUUCAAAACUCAGAAAAGGUUCAUACUCUGGGGAUCUCAGGAGCCGAGUUUUGAGAUACUUUGUGUGGAAGCUUCUCUCGGUUGAUUAUCAGCUGUGAAUUGUCUGAGUGUAAGGAAAUACUGGGUGUUACCACCAUAAACCGUAACUACUAUGGACAACUUGGUUCUGUCUUCAACAAGCAUACAGAUCUGAAGCUGAAAAGUUCUCGGUAAUUCUGCGUUUUUUCUCCACUUCCUGAAACCAACAUUGCGCAGUAUCGUUGUACGCACUCUACCACUCGUGCAGUAGAAUUGAACGCAUUCGGCGGGAGAGUCGCCAAGAGUCAAAAUGUUUUUUCGCAGGAUGGUAGGCAAGGUCCCGCCCUCCUUCGCCUCUGAUUGGCAAGAAGUGCUGGGCUCCGAUUGGUUAUUCCUUAUGGCUGCGAAACGUCAUCAUCUCUCGGUUAGUGUUAGGGUUAGGAGAUCCAGAAUUUUAAUGUUCCGUAAUGUUCUGUUCAAUGUACAGAGCCGACAGCCUAAGAUCAGCAUGUGAUGAUGUUUCACAGCCAAUCAGAGCCAAAGGAGGCGGGACCUUCCCCUACCAAUAACAUCCAAGGGUUCAUCCUCUGGGGAACAUCAGAAGUGAUAGUCUACAGUUUGUUGUUUUUUUUAUGAACGAGUGAAAAAUCUGGUGUUCAUUUGUAGCUCAAGAUAAAAGGAAUAGGGGUCAGAAAACUCACAAAUGGUUCAUCCUCUGGGGAAUCAAGAGUAACAGUCCACCAUUUUUCUUUUUUUAAUGAACAAGUGAAAAAUCUGGGUUCCACUGGUCCUCCAGGAGCUCCAGAUAAAAAGUACCAGGGUUAAGAAAAACUCAAAGGGUUCAUCCUCUGGGGAUCUUCCAAAGACUAGAUUUAAACCCAGUUUACAAGUUCCCAGAUACCUCUCCAGGAAGAUCGUACGAUGGCUGUAGAGGUAAAGGUCCAGAAACAGAUUCACUGCAGGUUCAUCCUCCUGGGACCAUGAAUUCUGACUCUAAUUCUAGGUCAUUUGUCUGAAAACCUUUGUCUCAUCCACACAGGAGGCUGAUAUUUCAUUCCCCCCGGAGUAUCCCGAUCCUGUAAGACCUUCAGAAACAAGGAGCGCGGACUCCUCGUGGUGUUCCCGUUGAACCUCGGUGACUUUGAGCGGAUUGAGCGUUUAGCGGAGUCUCAGGGGUCGCUGGGUCCAUCAUCGACAGUGAGGAACGUCUCGCCUUCAGUCCGCCACAUGAAGUGUCCCUCAGUGGAGCCCACAGUAAUGGUUCCUGGGUGACAUUUAGAUAAAGGUGAGAGGGAAGAGGUUCAGUAAACCCACCGUCGACCUUUCACCUCCCAUCCAGGAAGUCAGAUCGCAGCCAGUGUGGCUGACAUUUCCUCUGCAGAGCACUUCAUUCUGCUAAUUAACCCGUUAGCCGGAUGACCUGCAACACAAAAGGAGGAGGAAGAAAGGAUGAGA